AUCAUUAAGGAAAACAAGCAUUGAAUGCCCCGAGACUCCGAGUCCGUAACGAAACAUAUCCUUGAUGGCAGUGGGUUUUCGUAUUGCUGGCGAUGCUGACGAAGGACAUCGUCGUAGGAAAGCCCAUGCCACAGUGGGGAGACUGGGACGACAUUGGAUGGGGUGGAGGCUACGGAGGCUGGGGAAACGGCUGGUGCGGAGUCAUUCCAAGACACAACACGACAGACGCAAGGAAAGUCUCUUACGGAUCGAGAAAUCCGGUUCAUUCUUCGCUUCUGAGAAUUCCCCAGGAAUCCGCCCGAGGCAGUUCCCAGCCAUUCCCUAUGAGCACGUGAUCGUCUCGUUCACCACUCCGCCCCAUGAGAAACCCUCCAAGGAGACAUCUCCCACUGACAAUGAAGGAGCAUCUGGGUCUGUCUUCACCUUCGGGGAAUGUAAAUCCAAUGAGAAAAAGAGCUUCCAGUGGUUUCACCUAACAAACCCUUCCAGACCCGGGAAGGAAUCCGACGAGCGAAGAGUGAAUGGGUUCCACUUCCAUUCUCAGAGGGAAAUAGCAUUCGCUGGAGGAGCUGGAUCGAGAGACUCGGAGACACGGUCACCAGCAGAUAGAUCUUCUCGAAGCCUCCUCUAA